CCGCCCACCACUCGGUCACAUGACUCUGACCUGCUCACAGUGACAUACAGGGGAAGUAACUUGUCCAGUUCCAGCAGGGCAGCCCCUCGUGUGUGAGCGGAGGAGCCGAGCUCACUCAAUGGUGUCACAGGACAGACACUCACCAUGUCCUUCGAGGAGGAAUUUCUGUACCGAGUCCCCUCUCGGGUUAUGUACAGAUUCUACCACAUCAUGGACUCCCUGGAGGAGACGGACUGGAAGAAGUUUGCUUCUAUGAUAAUUGAAGACACGACUGAACUCCGGCUCCUGGAGCAGCAGGUAUCACACACUCGCACCGAGGCAGUCAUGUGGACAUGGAGUAAUAGGAAUGCAGUGGUCGGGGAACUACUAUCUAUCCUGAGAUCGUUAAACUUAUUACGGGCCCUUGAUGUCAUCGAAUCCUGUGAGUCCUCAUUCAGGAGAUCCAGCUACAUGUCAAAGAGCACACAGAGCUUCUCUCUGGCAAAACCUUUACCUCUUCCUCCUCCAUAUACAUAUCCAGGCCCUGAAAGCGCACCCCAUUUCCAGAAGCCCCAGCCGAUAACUGAGAGCCUUGCGCAGACAGAGGCUACUAAGCCCUCAGAUCUACCUCACCAAUUGCCUCUUCCUGGACCCCCUCCAAACAAACUCAUUUACAGCAGCAUCUGCUCAUCUCACACCUCCAGCACAGGGGGCAGCAGUGAUUAUCCUGACAGCCUAACCCAUUCUUCAGUGGAGGAAUCCUUUCUUCCCAGCAGUGUAACUGAGCUGCCCAGGCAUUUCGAAUGGAAUUUCCAAGAGCUAGUCGAGGGAACCAAAAAUUUCUCCCAGUCUCUUCUGAUCGGGGAGGGUGGAUUCGGCUGUGUGUAUAAAGCAACCAUGCGGAACACUGAGUACGCAGUCAAGCGGCUGAAGCAGGACUCGGAGCUGGAGUGGAGUACGAUGAAGAAGAGCUUCCUUACGGAGAUAGAGAAACUGACUUGCUUACGGCACCCAAACAUAAUCGACCUGGCGGGGUACUGCAUCCAGGGGGAAGAAUAUUGCCUUAUUUAUCUUUAUCUACCUAGUGGCUCCUUGGAAGACCAACUGCACCCUCAGGGCAGAUUUCCCAAACUCACCAUGGAACAACGGAUCAGCAUCCUGCAAGGAGCAGCUUGCGGCCUUCAGUUCUUGCACAACUAUCAGCCCAGCAUCAUCCACGGGGAUGUAAAGAGCUCCAAUAUUCUGCUGGACCAGGCCUACAAGCCUAAACUGGGUGACUUUGGGCUUGCUCGAUUCAGUCGGUACGCAAGCAAUGCAGGCAGAAGUCGCACAUUGGCACGGACCAGCACGGUGAAGGGUACCCUGGCAUAUCUGCCCGAAGAGUAUGUAAAAAUGGGGAAACUCACGUUUGAACUGGACACCUACAGCUUUGGAGUUGUUCUUCUGGAGAAUCUGACGGGGAGAAAAGCUAUAGAGAGCGACAGCAAGUCUCAAACCAAGUAUCUGAAGGAUCUGGUUAAGGAAGAGGAAUAUAAGGAGGAGGAGGAGGAGGAAAAAAAAGGAGCCAUGAUUGCAAGUAGAGCAGAAGCCAAGCAAAUCAGGGUGGCGGCUCGCAUAUGCCAGUAUCAUUUGGAUUUUCGGGUAUGGCAGCAUGCUAGAGAAGUAGCCCAGGAACUCUCACUACUGGCAUGUCGGUGCCUGGGACGUCAAAAGAAGAGACCAAAUAUGCAGGAGGUUUUUUUUACCCUAAAGCGGUUACAAGAGCAACUCCACCGUCCACAGUUGGGAAGGGGUCAUGGAAUUUCUUUGGCGCCACCUUGUGUAUCCACCAAGCACGGAUUUCCACCCAUUCGUGAGCUGUCAUCUAGCGCCUACGAUUCACCUCUCACCCCUGAGGAGAACACUGACAAAUAUACUCCCGGUGGGCUUUCAGUUAAAGGCAGUGUUAAACCCUAUACACAUGCCCACCCCCAGUACCAGGACAAAGUGGACAGUUUAUGCAGCUCGUUUUCUUGCCAAAGCCUCAAAACAUUUCGGGGAGGUCAGAACACACCAGUAGAGAGCGAUGAAAGCUUCCCGGAUUACAGUGGCUCUGAUAAUUCAGGGGAACCAAGGGAUCAACAAGUUCUCUAUCCCAGCAGACUGCAAGGGAGCAUAUCACCUUUAUUACCAAGGGUAUCUGUCCAGGGUCCAAAUCCACCUGUGCAGUACCAGAACCAACUGUUACAGCCCAAUCAGAGACAUUACUGCAAUGAACUGUCGAGAAAUAGCAGCUCAACCUCAGGGACGUCCCAAGCUAUCAUUGUGCCACAUCACCAGAUCGUCAUGAAUCCGGCCAAGCAGAGAUUUGUGGAGCAGCUGGCACUGUACGAUCAGGGGAAAAUUAACAGCCUAGAGCUUCUCUCAUCUGGAAUCAGUCCAGGACAGCACUCGGAAAUCCGUGGCCCUGAAGAGAGCGAUGACUUUACCAGUUAAUUAAAUGGUGAAAAACAGUAAUUCGUUUUUUUGUGAAGUUCUCAGUAAGAAGCCGGGACAGGAGAGCUCAUUAUUGCUUCCCUCCUGCUUCUGCCUGGACACCAAUAAAGGGAAAAAAAAGGGGGGGGGGACUUGGAGAUGUUCUCUGUAAGUGCUUACGGGAGACAGCGAAUGAUUGUAUCCAUGUCGGAGGAAUGGUGUUACAGGUUGUCACCAACCACAAAAGCCUCCUGUAAUGUGUGAAGAACCCGUUUUCCUAAUGACCUUGAACCAUGGAUUUGGAGCUCCGCACACAGAACAGUGGAAACCUUUUUAUUUUUGUCUCUUUUGUAUUUAUUGACAUUUUUGUUUACUUAGUAAACGUUAUUUGGUACUUAGAAUCACUGUUACUUGCCUGUUACCCCAUAUGACCAAUCCCUGUCGCAGAGACGGCAAACACAAUGUCGACGCUCUCAGCCAGCUUUAAAGGUCAAGCUCUGUAACCUUCCAAGUGCACGAGAAAGCAGGUCUUCAUUGUCAUCUUUCUAAAUGAAAAGGACACUUUAUGCUAAUGUGAAGCUUUACAGCCGCCUAAGCGUCCCCUUUCAUCUGCACAUUUCUGUCUACAAGAAUCCUGAACAACAUAAUUAGUGAAGGUUCCGAUGUGGUGCAACCUUGAAAUCCGUAGAUGUGCCAAUUCAUUUAACGCUUUUCUGAUACACUUACACAUCCCUUUCAUAUGUUGUCACUAUUUUUGCAUUAAAUAAUAACCAAAAUA